AUGUCGGUAGUGAUCCCAAGAAAUACUUCUAUUCCGACCAAGAUGUCACACAUUUAUCACACUAGCCAGGACAACCAGACCGCCAUUGCAUUCAGGAUAUUUCAUGGUGAAAGAGUGAUGACCAAGGAUUGCCUUGAGCUUGGAAGGAUUAGUCUACUAAACCUUCCACCGGCUCCAAGGGGUGUUGUCAAAAUGAACGUGACAUUCGAGAUCGAUGCCAAUGGGAUUCUGAGCGUACUGGUGGAAGACAAGGAAACAAAGAACUCGAAAUCGUUCAUUGCGAAGGGAUACAAAGGAAAUCUAAUGGAGGAAGAGGUGGAGAGGAUGGUGAGGGAGGAGGAGCAGAUGGCCAAGGAAGAUAAACGGGCCAAGGAGAGCUUUGAGGCGAGGAACCGAUUCGAGAGGUACAUAUACGACGUCAAGGACGCUCUGAACAAUCGUAACAUUGGUGCUAAUAAGUGGUCCCAUGACAAGAAGAAGGCAGAGGCUGCAGUGAGAGAAGCUUCCGAGUGGUUGGAUGGGAAUGGGAAUGCUUCUAAGGAAGAGUAUGAGAAGAGCAUGCAGAAGCUGGCAGAUGUGUGGAAUCCUAUUAUACAGAAGGUUUAUGCAUGA